GAGCCUGCUGGUGCCAGGUGCCCCUCAUGCCCGGUGCCAGCUCCUGGAUGUUCGGAGCAAGGAACCCCAGGUCGCACUGGCCUGCAACCCCCGUACACUGCCCCGGAGGUUCCUCUGAGGCCUGAGCCACUGGGCAACCUGGAAAACCUGCUGCCCCGCCCAGUGUCUUUCCCCGAGGCAGAAGGGGCAAAGGGCGAGCCUGUCACACCGGAGCCAGCCCUGUCAGAUCCAGCCCAAAUCCUACGCGAGUGUCCCUCUGCCAGGAAGACCCGCUACCACAUCACUAUCACCCUACAGGGGCACGGGCAGGCACCUGGGGAGGAGGCUGAGGAGCCUAAACCGGCCCGACCAGCUCUCCACCCCUGCGGCCCUGAGGAAUCCAGGGGCUGGCAGGAGCCUCCCCAGGGGCCCCGCCCCAUCACAGGGUGCCUGACAGACCUGCCCCAGGAGCCCCGGCGGAGAGCCCCACUGCACCAGGAGAUCACAGCCCAGUGGCAGGAGCUCCAGGGCCACUGGACGCCCGGGUCCCCACGCGGACGGGAGCUGGACCAUACUGAGCCAAGGACAUCUCUGGACAGGUUGCUGGGGCCCGACAUGGAGGGGGCAGGUGGGCCCCCGGCUCAGGCUGAGGCCCCAGUGGUGAGCACCACACUGGCGUGGCGGCGGCCCCCUGCCCAGGAAGAGAUGAGACACCGUUUUCACAAGGUGUCCCUGGUGUCGGGGGCCCAGACAGAAGCCCCCCGGGAGGAGAUGUUGGAGUACAGCCAUGGUCGAGAGGAAGUCAAUGGCUUUGCAACCCGGGCAGAAUCGACUAUAAGUUACAAGGGACCCCGGGAUGGGGCCGGCUCCAAGAGCUUCCAGAGCCACGGGCCCAUCUUUUCCAAGAAGUACACGCUACUCCCCAAGGAGAAGAGGCCAGUGGGGAGACGGAAGGAGGCCGUAGACCAGGGCGACAGCAGCCCCCAAGAGCCCAGGACUGAGCAGGCCAACCCGGAAGCCCUGGCCAGGACAGAGCUUUUGGUGCCCCUGCCCGGGCCCCGGGAGCCCAGCCCCCACCCGGGCGUCAGCCUCAGCAGUGGGAGCCCCCGGAGCCUCGAGGAACGCCGGGUGACGCGCACCGUGCAGACCACCGUGGUGGUGGGAGGGCACGUGGAGCGGCGGGUGAACAGCUCCGUGACCGUGGGCCCAGGGCCGUGGGGCGAGGCCCAGCCCAGGGGCCGCAAUGUUGUUCGCGCAGUACGGGCAGUGGUCGUGAGCCCCCAGGCCGAGGGCUCCCCUACCCGCAGUCAAGCCCGGGAGCUGCUAAGUAGCCUCGUACCUACUGAGCGGAGCCCCGCUGCCAGCCGGCUUCCCAGGCCCACGGCUGUUGUGCCAAGGAAUCCGGGUCUGGGUGGCCCAGGGGGCGCGGCCUCGGGGCAGCUGCCUGAGCCGGGGAUGGCAGAGCCAAAGGACAGAUCUGCUCUGGGCCCUGCAGGCAGCUCGGAGGAUGGUCACCCGCCUCCGAACCAGGACGUCCCUGCAGCUCACCCAGAGCAAGACCAGAGCCGAGCCCCUGAGGUCCUAACGCGGCAAGGAGCCUCCGGGCCCACCCAGCCCUCUCCCCAGAUUUCUCGGAGCCAUGUGUCAUUACCCUCCUCUCUCGGACGCCAGACUCCUACUCCCUCCCUGGACCCAGAGCACCCCCCAGAGCAGCCAGCGGUGCCCACAUACCCCAGGACCCAGCUUACUCUCAAGCCCAGGGUACCCCAGGCGCUGCCCUCCAUAAAAAGGGAGGGGCUCACAGAUCCCUCUGUUGUCACCAGCCCACCCAUGGCGAAGAGCGAGGUGCUUGUUACCGGCCCUGGACAGUCUCUUGCUCCAUCCUCUACAAGACGGAAGGCUGUCCCUAGCUCAGGAGCGCUUUCGGCUCCAUCCUCCCCGGGGAAUAAGCUUGUUCGGGACUCUGAACAUGUCCCUGUCUUCUCCCUUACCCAGGCAGAGGUGGUGGCAGGCCCUGCUGCUCCUGCUGCCUCAUCUCCCAAGCCAAGCAAGGUGGUCCAGGCCCCAGCAGGCAGCCCUAGCACCCCAAAAGAGGCUGUCCAUGUUACUAAAGGUGACCUUGCUUCUUGUCCCAGCCAGGAUGAGGCUGUUGAAGGCCUGACCACUUUCACUAUCCCAUCUCCCCAAGAGGAGGAGAUUGUUGAGGGCUCCAAAGUGAGCCCCAUCGCAUCUCCCACCCAAAAGGAGCUUGUCCAGGAUCCUGGUGCUCCUGCUGCCCCAUUUUCCACCCAGACAGUGAUUGCCCAGGACACUGCUGUUCCCCCUGCCCCCUCCUCAGAGGGUAAGGUGUCCCCCAGCCCAGGAGGGCCCCCUGCCUCAGUGCUGAUAAGAGCAGAGGCCAGCCUGGAGUCCCAAAUUGUCCCCAACUCCACUGAGGGCGAAAUGCUCCCAGAGACAUCCAGGGAGGAGGAGGAGGUGGCCCUGGCUGCUGACAUGGAGAUGUUCCUGGAUACUCUGCGGAGCAUGGAGCCGCCCGAGAUCCUCCGCACUCACCGGCUGCCACGAGCCCCCCGGUCCUCCUACCUGGCCAUGUAUGCUACGCUGCCUGCCAUCGAGGAGGACCAGCCCGGACCAUGGGUGCUGGGACCCAGCCCCCAGGAGGUGCCCACACUAGAAGGGAAAGAGGAAGAGGAAGAGGAGGAGGAAGAACCAGAGAACCCCUACCUAAGUGACGAUGAGAAGCUCCAGCGCAGGCAGGAGAAGGCCGGGCCUAGCCCCUCCUGGGACUCUCGCCCUGCGAGGCCCCCCCAGGUCUCUUGUUCUCCUCUGGAGAUGAUGAAGAAACAUGUAGCAGAUGCCAAGGGCCCCCGCCCAGAGCUGGGGCCAGAGUGGCAAGCAAGCAGUAGGCCUACUUCUCGUCUUGGAGGCAGCCUUCUCUUCAGUGGUCUGGUGUCUGCCACCCAGGAGGCCCCCAUCUCGGAACCACUGGGCACAAAACUAUCUGCUCUGCCACCCCACGUGACACCUGGAACCAGGAAGGUGCCAGGACAGCUGCCCCUGCUCUGCAGCGAAAGGCCACCACCAGAGAAGCCUGCUUGUGCCCAGCCCCUGGUGGGGUGGAGCCCAGCAUUGAAGAUCCAGGGCAAGCUGAACACCAGGCCUGGAAAGAUGAUCCUCUUCUCAGAGCCUGGCUGCCAAGGCAGCAGCAGGGAGGUCUGGGAAGACACUGCUGACACCUCCAGUUGGCCCCGGGUGGCCUCCGUGAGGGUGGUUCGAGGCUGCUGGGUGCUAUACGAAGAGCCAGAGUUCCGGGGCAGGAAGCUGGUUGUGCCUGAAGGAGAUGUGGAUUUAGGAGCCCCAGGGCCAGCGUGGAGCACCCAGGGCAUUGGCUCUGUGAGGCGGGUUGUCCGGGACUACAGUACCCCAGAGAUCAUCGUGUACUCUGAGAAGGGCCUCAAGGGGGAGCAAGUGGAGCUAACCGAUGCCUUGGAGGACACCCAGGGCCUGGAGAAGCCCCUACAGGCCGCAUCUGCCACUGUCUCUGCAGGACUGUGGCUGCUGUACCCCAAACCCUCCUUUGAAGACUCUCCCUGCAUUCUGGAGCCUGGAGAGUACCCGACCUUGGAGGCCUGGGGUACAUCUGACCUCAGAGUGGGCUCCUUGAAGCCCAUGAGAUUGGGCUGCCCAAGCGUGGAGAAGCCAAGGGAGCCCAAGGUUGUGGUUUAUGAGGCCACAGGCUUUCAGGGCCAGAGCUGGGAAGUGAGCAGAGACAUCUACAACCUCCAGGAGCCAGAGGACAGCCAGAGCCCCCACCUGGCCUCUGUGGGGUCUCUGCGAGUUCUUGGGGGCUGCUGGGUGGGCUACCAGAAGGCAGGCUUUCGCGGCCACCAGUAUCUGCUGGAGGAGGGAGAAUAUGCUGAUUGGUCACACUGGGGAGGCUAUGACGAGGCGCUGACCUCCCUGCGGGUCAUCCGGACGGACUUCGGGGACCCGGCCCUCGUGCUGUUUGAGGCCACGGACUUCGAGGGGCACGCCGCGGAGGUGAGAGAGGCAUUGCCGGACGUGGAGCUGGCGCGACACGGCCCCCACACGCAGGCCAUCCACGUGCUCAGCGGCGUGUGGGUGGCCUAUCAGAAGGUGGGCUUCUCCGGGGAGCAGUACGUGCUGGAGAAGGGCGUGUACCGCACCUGCGACGACUGGGGCGCGGGCAACAGCGCCCUCGCCUCGCUGCAGCCGGUCCUGCAGGUCGGCGAGCACAAUCUGCACUUUGUCUCAAAGAUUCAGCUUUUCUCUGGCCCCGACUUCCUGGGCGACCACAUCUCCUUCGAGGAUGACCAGACCUCCUUGCCCGUCUCCUUCCAGCCCCAGUCCUGCCGUGUCCACGGGGGCAGCUGGAUCCUGUUUGGUGAGAAGAACUUUGAGGGUGACCAGUACAUUCUCUCUGAGGGCGAGUUCCCCACUCUUACGGCCAUGGGCUGCCUAUCUUCCACAGUCCUGGGCUCUCUCCAGAAGGUACCCCUGCACUUUUCAGAGCCUUCCAUUUUUCUGUAUGGACUGGAGUGCUUUGAGGGUAAGGAGAUCGAGCUGGACAGAGAGGUGCGCAGCCUGCAAGCCGAGGGCUUCAACAACCACGUGCUGUCCCUGCGGAUCAAGGGGGGCGUCUGGGUGCUGUGUGAGCACAGUGACUUCCGGGGCCGCCAGUGGCUGGUGGGCAGCUGUGAGAUCACCAACUGGCUGACAUACAGUGGGACACAGAGGGUGGGAUCCCUCUACCCCAUCAAGCAGCGCCGGGUUUAUUUCCGCCUCUGGAAUGCUGCACUGAGAGGCUUCCUGGCGGUGCCAGACCACGUGGAGGACAUGAAGGCGGGCCGAGUGGUGGUGUCCGAGCCCCAAGCCGGAGGCAGCUGCAUCUGGUACUACGAGGAUGGGCUGCUAAAGAACCAGGCAGCCCCUACCAUGAGCCUGCAGGUGAUUGGGCCCCCCAGCCCAGGCUCCAAGGCUGUGCUGUGGGCCGAGAGCCGCCUGCCCCGUCAGACGUGGAGCAUCAGUGAAUCGGGCCAUAUCUGCAGCCAGAUGUUCGAAGGCCGGAUCCUAGAUGUGAAGGGUGGCCGGGGCUAUGACCGGGAUCACGUGGUGCUGUGGGAGCCGACCAAGGACCGGGCGUCCCAGCUCUGGUUCUGGGGUUCAGAUGUAAGGCCUCCCUCGGCCACCAGAGGGGGCCCUGGGCCCAGACUAAGGGUGAGUAUGUUCUCUCAAUGCUGUCACCCAAGUGACAAGAGCCUGCUCUAAGCCAGGUCUGGCACUGAGCUGUGUGGCACAGACAUAAGCCAAGCCCCUUGGUACCUGCCCUCAGACAACUCAUGGUCUAGUAGAGGAUUCCAAUGGGUAGGGUGAUGUGUUCAGUGACAGGAUAAGCAUGGAAGCAGAGGGAUACACAGAGGAGGAACCUGAACCACUUAGGGGGCACAGGGCAGGCAGGCAGCUUGGAGGAAGAGAUGCUUGGCUGAGAUGUGCAGGACCGGAAGGGGUUGAUCAGGCUAGAUGGUGGCAGAGGAAAAGUGUUCUAGUGAGGCAGGUAACCCGAGGGGUGAAGACCUGGAAGUUCAGUGUGAUGGGGUCGUGGUAGACCAGGCAGGAAAAGUGAAUGGGAGACACUCCCCAAAGGACCUUGCCCACCAGCAUUCCUCUUCAUUUCCUCCAACUCUGGUCUCAAGACCUGAAGGUUUGGCAUCUCUGUCAAAGAAGCCUAAACAGGGGGUCUGGGUUCUUAAGCCCAGCCUAGAGAAGGCGGGACCUAGAAGGGGAACAGCUCCCUCCAUCCCAGUCUAGCAGGCACUUCUCAGCCACCCCCCACAGGGUCCUCUAGGAAGAUGCAGAGGAGUUCAAGGCCCUUGGGGGCUUCUCUGGAGCUCCCUUCCCUCCUUGCACCUCCCAAUACCACCACUGCAGACCCAGGAGGAUAGAAAUGGUGGUUAGAGCAGUUGUGUAUCCUUCCCACCUUCCCAGCCUGGGGUAGGUGGGGAAUGGGGAGAUGGCCUCUUCUUCAUCCUUCUCAGCACCCCUGUGGACCAGUCUCCAGUGCCCUGGUGAGGACAAGAGGGUGCCUGUGGGGCUGAGACCCCAAGAGAUUGGUGGGGGAUGUUUCUCUGAAUCUACCAUUCUGAAGACACCCAGGUACUAGGGUGAGGGACUCUCUGAGCCUCACCAAGUAGGGAUGGCCAGGGGCAGGAUGGGGGGGUCCUCUGGGACCAUCAUUCCCAACACCCAGGGAUGGGUGAAGCAAGUGCAACUAAAGAGGAUGGCAGAUUCUGGGCCAUGUCCCUGCAAGGUGAUCCUGAGAGGACAGGCUUCCACCCUGGGCCUUUGGGGGUAGGAGCUCUCUGCUGCCUCUCCUGCUGCUGGGGGCACGAGAAGAUCCUUGGAGCCCAGUGACCACACACAGCACCCUACCGAGUACAGGACAUGUUUAUUGACCCCCAGCUGGGUGGUGCUUGCCCCUCCAUAUCAGUACCUCCCUGUGUCGGUCAUUGCCUCCAAGGCACUACCGUUUAAUUCCAACAACCUGGUGAUCUCUGGCAUCCACCCCUCCUGGACCUGUGGUGGUGGGUGGGGGGAGCUUCUCUCGCUAGCGAUGGUGGCAGCUAUCUCAGGGGGCACAGGGCUAGGGCUGAGGCAUGUCACCUCAGCUGAGGUAGAAGAGCUGGAUGAGGGUGUUGGCCAAGAAGAGAAGGACACUGCCACCGCCCAGGCUGCUGAGUGCUGGGGUCGCACUCUUGACUUUCUUGGUGGUCAUUCGAGGAGUGGUACUGUUCCCCAGGACUCCAGUUUGUAUCUACAAAAGAAGAAGCGGGGCAAGCUCAGGGGCUUUUGAAGCUCAUGUUAUUUAGAGACCUAGGCCCCCUACCCUGAUACAGUAGUUUUUGGUCCACCAUGACCACGACUUCUGCCACAAGGUCCUGUGGGGACAAGACCUUCCUCUCUUGAUAUAGGCAGAGUCAAAAGUGGCCCCUCCACCACGUCCCAUGGAAACUUUGUCUCACCUCCGCCAAGCCACCAGCUCCUCCAGUAUGUGAGAGACAGGAACCUGUGGCUCAGCCCUUGACCUGACUAGCUGGGCUGGGAGCUUAGCCUCUCUGAGCCUGCUUCCUCAUCUUCUGAAUGAGCCCAUCACAGUCUUGAGACUGUGUGAGACAGGGCACUUGGCAAAGUGCGGGUGGGUGAGGAGGUGGGGAGAGUGUGACCUCUUGCCCAAGGAAAUCGCCAGAUGGUGAUCAAACUGUUCUCAAUGCUUGACUAGGCUACAACUAAAGCUGCUCCUGAUGGAGAUUAAGCUGUUUUUGAUGGUGAUCAAGCUGUUCUUGAUACUUGAUCAAGCUGUUCUUGAUCUAGAACUUGAUGGCUCUGGUCUAUGCAGACGAGCACCCUUAGGGUACAUGGGAUGCUGCCAAAGCUGCCUUCUAGAAUUGCAGUUGAAUUUGAGACUAGCUGUUUCUGGAGUGGGAGAUUUCUGUCUUCUUUGCAUUCCCAAACACACAGGCUUUUCUCCUUGGAGUGGUUUCCUGCUAUCUCCAGGACCAGGUCUGGCUCCACUUGAACAUAUCCUGGCCCCUUCCCAAUAGGGCCACUUCUCUAGCUUUCCUGGGGAUUGAUGCCACCCUCCCUCCAAGCUGUCUCCCCAAGUCUCAUAAUUCCUAUUCCACAAUACCCUCCUGUGUGCCUGGUAUCCUGUAAUGCUCCCCAGCCUCAGUUACAGGAUUCUGGUCAGAGGCAGACCUCAAGUGGUCCGACCCCAGUCAGAAGGGCUGGAAUGCUAAGACCAGCCCCCCUGAGUCGCUGGUUCCCCUACUGGACCGUCUGCUCCCAUGGAAGAAGGCUGAGUACCCAGGAGCCUGCAUUUACCCACUCCCAUGCCAGGCAGGUCUGGGGAGUCCUGGGUGGUGGUGUCAGGGGCUCCGAGGGACUAUUCUUACCUGAAUCAUAACCAGGAGACUGAUGGUAAGUAGGAGGAAGAGGAAGCCCUUCAUCUUUGGAGAAUCUUGGUGGCUGUCUUGAUAGCUUUUAGAGAUGAGUGCAGAGUUGUCUGCAGGCCUCUUGGCUUGGGUGCUUUUGAACCUGAGAGGCAUCAGAGGAGGCGGGGUAGAAGCAGGAAGAAGGAGGGCCUAUGGAUAUGGGGUGGGGUGCUGCUUUCUUUCCACAGACCUCAUAAUUGAGGACACCAGGUCCUAAGUUCUAAGGCCCUCCAUAGAUGGUAGGUUCUGGAUAGGGACUGAGGCAAGGGUCGGGAUGGGAGGUGGGUAAACCAAGGGAUAGAGCCCUGAGCUUGGAAUCAUGCAGAGUAGGGAAUGAAUGUUGGCCUAAUCCCCUGUCAACCCUGGACCUGGCCUAGAAACUGUCCCUCUUUGAGUCUUUUUUUUUUUUUUAAGAUUUUUAUUUAUAUAUUCAUGAGAGAAACACAGAGAGGCAGAGACAAAGGGAGAGGGAGAAGCAGGCUCCCCGCAGGGAACUCAAUCCCAGGACCCCAGGAUCACAUCCUGAACCAAAGAUAGACACUCAGUCACUGAACCACCCAGGCAUCCCCCCUCUCUGAGUCUUUAACAUAAGAGCUGCCAGAGCGUUAAAUACAAUAUAAUUAAGAAGAUUGGAACAGGGGAUAGGAGCUGAAGACAAGGCUGGGAUAGGCUUAGGUUUCAAGGUAAGGUUGUAGAUGGCUCCACAGGGUCAGAAUGAAGGCUUGGGGAACAUGAAAACUUAGGAUUAAUGAAUUUCUGUGAAAUCAAAGCAUGGCUUUAGGAAUCCAGGGACCUGACUUCUAGAUGAGCCCAUUCCCUCCGGGCCUCAGGUUUCACCUUUCAAGUGAGAAGACUGAAGUGGAUUAUUAUUUUAAGGCCUAGAAUUUUGUGAUUUGGAUACAGAAAAUAGCAGAUGGGUUGUUUGUAUGGUUGACCUUAAAAAUGAAACAGUUAGGGAUCCCUGGGUGGCUCAGCGGUUCAGCACCUGCCUUUGGCCCAGGGCAUGAUCCUGGAGUCCUGGGAUCGAGUCCCACACUGGGCUCCCU